UCGCUCCCCAUGGACGACCGAUUGGUCUAACCUGUACAGAUUGUUGCUACUCGGACUGCACCGGGAGUUUAUUGUGUUAAUUUAUUUGAUCGAACAAAGAAUGUCGGUAUUUGUGAGACGGAUAUUGUCAUCUAACCCUUCGAGGGAAUGGCAAUGUUUACGACCUAUCGUCCGUAACACCUAUCUUCGCCGAUGUCAGUCGACCCAGUCUCAAGCAAACGUCGAGGAAACCGAAAAUCUGGAAACCAGCCAACUGAUAAAUCCACUGACGCAUCCGGACUUCUUCGAAGUGCACAAGAUGUUUACUGUGAAGGACUUAUACGAUGCGCGGGUACACUAUGGCCACAAGGAGACUCUGUUGAACCCGCACAUGGAGACAUUCGUGUUCGGCUCGAGACUGGGACACCUGAUAAUCGACCUGGACCAGACCGCAGAGCUGCUGAGACAGGCGUUGAACUUCGUCGCCCAUGUCGCCUUCAGGGACGGCAUAAUUCUGUUCAUCUCGCGUAAUCCUCAGACCACGCACAUAGUCGACAGUACGGCCAGGGAGUGCAAGGAGUUCUCGCACACGAGGUUCUGGCGGGAAGGAACCUUCCCAAAUUCGAGGAACCAGUUCAAGACCAUAACGAGAUUGCCCGACGUGUGCAUCUUCCUCAGUACCCUCGACACUGUCCUAGCCGAGCACAUAGCAGUGAGACACACGGCAAAGAUGUGCAUACCCACGGUUGGCAUCGUCGACACGAAUUGCAAUCCGAAUCUUAUCACGUAUCCCGUGCCCGGAAACGACGACACCCCAUGCGCGAUAGAACUUUACUGCUCGCUGUUCAAGGAAGCCAUUCUCAGGGGUAAAAGGGCGAGAGAGCUGCUGAAGUUGACGGAAUUGAAAGAGUCGGAAGAGACGGAAAUGAAAGACUCGGCGGAAUCAUGAAUCUGGUGAUUAUUUAACAUGUAAUAAACAAAUAUAUGUAUAUAAAAUAUAGUACAUCAAAAUAUAUUAAUCACAAUAACAUUCUGAAUAAUAUGAACAUGAAACAUCGUACUUUGAGUACUGUGAGCAAUAAUAAUGUUAUAC